CCAAACCUGGGUUCUGCCCGCGGAAGCCUGCCCAAUGGUAUUCUGCCCCCUGCCCCAACCGCUGCACUGAUGACCGGGACUGCCCUGGGGACCGCAAGUGCUGCUUCUCCGGCUGUGGGCUGGCCUGCACCCCUCCGGACACAGGGAGCCCUCAUGCCACAGCAAAGCCUGGCACAUGCCCCAUGGUGCUGCGGGGCUCCCUGGGGCCCUGCCUGGAGCUGUGUGACACCGACAGUGACUGCCCUGGCGAUGACAAGUGCUGCACCACCGGCUGUGGCCACGUCUGCAAGCAACCCAUCAAGGGUAAACCAUUGACGCCCUGUGGGGCCAACACCCCCAUGUCCCCUCCCCACCCUGUCACCGUGACCUUCCCGGGGGCAGUGUGA